AUGAUAAUCGUUGUUCUAAUAUUCGCUUGCAUUUUAAGGAUCGGCAAGAAUACGCGAACCAAAGGCAAAGAAAAGCAACGAGCUGCGAAGUCGAAGCCAAAGACCAUGAGUGAAGAGAUUGACGUAAAUAUGGACAGUGAACAACCCAAGUCUUACCUCUGCAUGACUAUUGUAAGGAAUUUGAAGGAAUAUAUAGCAUAUAUUUUCUCCAUGUAUUUUGCUUUUAUUGUCCUAAUUGGCUAACAGUACUAUAUUUUACUUCUGCAGUUGAUGUGCUCGCUAUGUUUUAAUUCUUCGACACCAUUAAAAUCGAAACCUCUAGAGAAGACAAUUGAGUUACAGUACGUCUCAGUAUAGAUUCCAGCAAGUAAGUCAACUAAUGCAAUUUAAUUUGAUGAGAGUAUAAAGGACUUAUCGAAGAUAAAAUUUAAAAAAUGUUUGAUUAGGAAAAUUCUUGAUCAGUAUUUAAUAAUUAUAAAAUAGUAUUUUUGUUUCAACUCCAUUUGGUUUUAUGCAAUGUGUAUUCAAACUCGAAAAUUUUUUCCCUCGUUUAUUUUCCAUUAUAUAAUAAUUUAUACUUUCUCCAGUCUGUUAUCAUUAUUUAUGUCAUAAUAUUAUACAGCAGAUAACUAACUAGGCUAGUCUUCUAAGACUAUCUUAGUUAGCUUAUUACCUAACCAUAUAUAUUAACUAUAUUAAUUAUGUAUAUAUAGUUUUUUUGUACUUCCUUUUUUUGUUAUUGGUAAUAAAUCUUCUUCUUUUUCUUAAUUUAAAUAAGAUUAGAGUAUAUGUGUGUGUACGUGGUCAUAAUUCAAUUAAUGUAUGAUCGUGAAUAUCAUUGUACAGUAAUAUAUUUUGUACAUUACACUUAUUUAUAGCUCAGAAGAAGAUGAUAUUCUAAACAUUAACAGUUUAUCACAAUCUUCAGAUAACCUGAAUCAAAGUUACAGGAUGCUAGAUGACACAGCAUCUGUACAUCGCUCGUCACCAACAGGGAGCAGUUCAAGUGAUGUGGGUAGUGAUUCAGAUCAGGAUUCAUUAUCUGAAUGCGCAUUGAGUGAUGAAGACAGUGAUAGAAACAGUGAUAAAGACAGUGAUGAAAAUAUAACGUGA